AUUUAGUAUCCGCCGAUACCAUAAAAAUUUUAGAAACAGAUAUUUUUUUUCCUUUCUUUCUAUCUCUUUCCUUUUCAUCUAUACCAUAAAUUAUGAAAAGCCCUGUUAGUAAAAGGACAGAUAACCGUGGCAUACCCAUUUCUAGAAUCUUCAACCUUCAUGACGAUACUGUCAACGACGAAGUACAGCUAUGUCGAGUGAGGUCCACUGAACAUUAUGCUACACCUGACUCUGGCCCUCAACGUACACAUAUUGCUAGAUUGUAUCAGCAGUCUCCUCAUCGUAUUGCUUCUUCUUCAGGUAUUCAUUCGGAUUCCUGGCAAGAUGCAUCAACAGAGCCUAUUAUUACCAAAGCAACCUGCAAAAGUCCAACAAAACAAACAAGAAAAGAAAAAAGUCUAUUGGAGGGCCAAGCUAUUGCUACACCAACAAAAAGAAGAACAGAGCACAUUCAAGACCACCCAACAAAAAUGCCUCGUCAUGAAGAUACCCAGCCUAAAGAACCUGAGAAGCCAGCAACACCACCAAGGACACAAGAGACAAUCAACGAUGAAGCACCUCCCGAUACAAAGCAACUGACCAAGGAAGAAGAAGAAGCUCGUAUUGCUCAAGAAAUCAGUCACUUGAUCAGCACCGUAAAGAAUCUACCCAACUAUUACAAAUUAGUCGAUAAGAUUGGUGAAGGCACUUUUAGUACUGUCUAUAAAGCACAAGAUCUUCGCCGUGGGCUUUAUAAUAACGAAGAAUGGGAACCUCAAUUGACAACAGGUGAACCCAAAGUCAUGAGUGAAUUUGUUGCUCUCAAACGAAUUUAUCACACAAGUAGUCCGAGAAGAAUAGCUAACGAAGUCAAUAUUUUGCAUAAACUCAAAGGUAGCAAAUGCAUUUCUCCUCUUAUUACAGCAUUUCGCCAGCAAGAUCAAGUAUUUGUUGUCAUGCCUUUUAUUCAACAUGACGAUUUUAAGAAAUGUUUUGUUGACAUCAGUAUGUUUGACAUGAAAUGCUAUUUACGAGCACUUUUUACUGCUUUACAACAACUUCAUAAGCAUAAAAUACUUCAUCGUGAUGUAAAGCCUAAUAACUUUUUAUAUAACUUUCGAAAAAGAACCGGUUAUUUGAUUGAUUUUGGUUUAGCAGAGAGUGAAAAUGAUGUAAAAGCACUUGAGCAAUAUGUUCAAAAACAAGCAAAAGCAUCACAAUAUCACUAUCAGUCCAAUAGCAACACGACUACGCCCACACCUAUCACCUCUCAUCCUACAACAACCAUGCCUUCUUCUACUACUACUGGUAGUAGUACAACCACAAAAUCAACCAACAAUACUAACAUGUCAAAAUCAGUCUUAGCAGCACUAAGUAAUAAAGAGAACAGAACAACCAUUUCAGCUACUGCAGUGGCACAAGCAGCCAUGGCAGCAGCCACCAUUCAAACACCUGAGGGUGCUACUCAUUCAGUGUCCAAUUCAAUCAAAGGUAGAGCCAUCAAAAGUCUUGGUGGGAGAAUUCCUGGCUAUAUAAAGAAUGAUCCUAGACACACAAUUCGAGCCAAUCGAGCAGGUACUCGAGGCUUUCGUGCACCCGAGAUAUUGAUGCGAGUCACUAGGCAGACAUGUGCUAUUGAUAUAUGGUCUGUGGGUGUUAUUCUCCUCUGCUUUUUGACAGGUCGAUAUCCUUUCUUCUUGGCAAAUGAUGAACCUGAUUCUAUUAUUGAAUUGGGUCAAAUUUUUGGCUAUAAAGAACUCGAGGCGUGUGCCAUUAAAUAUGAGCGCAAGUUCUCUACAAAUAUCCAUAUACCCAACAACCGUGUUUCUUGGACAAAACUAUGCGAGUCUCUUAACAAGGAAAGGAUCGCUACUUGGGACCCAAAAGACUAUCAAGAAGGCUUGAGCCUUUUGGAUCGUUGUUUGGAUCUUGAUUGUUCAACCAGGAUUACUGCAGAAGAAGCCUUGAAACACCCUUUUUUAAAAGAAGAAUAAACA